AUGGCUCGGCCGAGUGUGCCGGGCGCGGAGUCAGCUCCGACAGAGGAGACGUGGUACCCGCUCGUUCUGGGGGACUCCUUCCGCCCCAACGCGCCCGUCCAGUACUACACGCUCCGAUGUGCGUUUGCGCGUGCGCCUAUAACGGGGAUGCUCUCUGAACUGUACGAGUUCAAGCCCGCGUCGAUAGAUUCCGCGCGCCCAGGCACGCUGCGGCGGGGCGGGGAGAGCCGCGGGGAGAGCAAGGUGGGGGUGGAGCUUCCGAACAACCAGCCGGGGAAGCCGCCACUGGAAUUCGAGGGCCACGUGGACCCGUGUCGCGACCAGGAGGGGCUUGUCCUUUUCGACGGGCGCUCCUUCCGCCUGGAGCGCCUGCACUACGCCGUGCGCAACCUGCGCCACAUCCGCCUCGCCAAGGAGAAGCCCACGGGGACGGCGGGCACAGUGGGGGCGGACGCGGGGGGGGUGGCGGGUGGUGGAGCAGGGGGAGCGGGCGGGGGAGAUAAGGGAGGCGCGGGUUUCGGAAGCGGAGGAGGAGGAGGCGGAGGAGGGUGGAAUCUGAACUUGGACGAGGGGAAGGGGUUUGGCGGCGCGGGAGGUGGGCAUGGGAGCAGGGACGGGGAUGGUGGCGGAGAGACAGGUGGUGCAGGGCAAGCAGGGAAGAAGCCACGAGAGCGUGACGGAACAGCCUCAGCAGCAGCAGCAGCCAAGCGCAAAAAAGGCAACGCUGCUGCUGCAGCAGCAGCAGCAGCGGACACGGCGGCAGGGAACGAGGCGGGUGCCAUGCCAGGCUCCUUGUCUUCCGCAGUGGCCGCUGCUGCUGCCGCUGCAGCUGCUGCUCGGGAGAGCAAGGCGGCUGCUGGUGGGGGAGCAGGCGCAGGCGGUAGAGGAAGAGGUGCGGGCGAGGGGGUGGGUGCAUCAGGCGCUGCCCAUGGUAGCAAGUCGAGAGAUUACAGUGGAGAGAUGGGCAGAGGUGCUGCUGGUGCUGCUGCUGGUGGUGGAGGAGUAGGAGGAGGAGGGAUGGGUGAUGGUGCAGGAUGGGCGAACACAGCCACUGGUUCUUCUGUUUCCGGGUUAACAUCUCGGGAUUCUUCGGGAGUUGGUUCCUCAUCUUUCUACACAAACAAGGCAGCGGGUGUUGAGCAGAUUGAGCUGGGGGUUGGUGGGGAGGAGGAAGAGGAGGAGGUGGAAUAUGAGGAGAUCGAGGUUGAGGAGGAAGAGGAGCAGGCAGCAGGGGAUGCACCUGCGUCUGGGGCUGGGACUACCUGGCUUGGAUUGGACCCAUUUGCUCUGUGGUGGGCUGUGCCUGCCUGUCAUUUAUUCCAUUGCCCAGCUCCAGCACCAUAG